GCCAGACGCUGGGAAGCGCGUAUGGCGCGUCACGUGACGGCUAAGGGUGGCCCUGUCGCCCUGGCGACGGUCUCCUAGCUGCUGGCCUCGGCUGCCCCGGGUCCAGGAGGCCUGGCCAUGGCCGCCUCGGCCAGCACAUCCUUCACUGCAGGCCCAUCGUUCGCCGGCGUGGACGGGUUGCUUGAGACCGAGAAGAACUCAGAGGAGCCCGAGAACACCUAUAUUCUGAGGCCUAUUUUCCAGCAAAGGUUCCGCCCCUCUGUGGUGAAAGACUGCAUCCAUGCCGUGCUGAAAGAGGAACUGGCCAAUGCCGAGUACUCUGCAGAGGAAACACCGCAGCUCACCAAGCACUUAUCAGAAAACAUCAAAGAUAAGUUAAAAGAUGGUGCGAAGGAAUCAAGAUGCGAAAUAGACCCUUGUAGGAAGACACUGUCCAAGAAAUUGUGUAUGCAAACUGGGUGGGGCAGUGCAUGCCUGUAACCCCAGCACUCUGAGAGGCUGAAGCAGGAGGAUCACUGCAAAUUCCAGGUCAGCCUGAACUACAUAGUGAGUUCAAGGCCAUCCUGGGCUACCUAGUGAGACCCUGUCUCAAGAAAGUAUUUAAAAAUACAUAAAUAAAUAAAUCACAUGCAGAGAGAAUCUUCUUUCCCAUCUUGCUGGGUUGUUUCCUUUUUCUUUUUUUGGACGGGAAUCGAACUCAGGACCUUGUGUUUUCCAGGCAGGUGCUGUGCCACUGAGCUGCAUCCCUGGCCCCUGGGUUGUUUCUUCUACCAGGCUACACUGGCAUUUUCUUAGCCUGGCAUUCAGUGCCCCCGCAAGGCUGUGAUCAUCCACGUCUCCAGCCAAAUCCUCAACUGCUUCUCUUACUCUUGCCUCUGUAGCUGCCAAACUCUACAUAAACUUUUUUUUUUUUUGGUCCAUUUGUUUUGUUUGGGUUUUUGGUCUUUUUGAGACAGAGUCUUGCUAUGCAAUUCAGGUUGAUCUUGAGCUAACUUUGUAGCACAGGCUGGUCUUGAACUUGCAGCAGUCCUCCUGCCUCAGCCUCCCAAGUGCUGGGAUUAUAAGUGUGUACUACCAUGCCUGUUUGUUUUGUUUUUUUGAGACAAGUUCUUACUAUGUAAUUCAGGUUGGCCCUGAACUCACUAUGUAGCCCAGGCUGGUCUUGAACUUAUGGCAAUCCUUUUGCUUCAGCCUUCUUACAUGAAGUUUUAUUGGAACACAACUGUAUCAGACUCCACAGGGCCUAUGUUGUAUUUAAUGCACAGUAGGGAAAGAAGGGAGCUGGGCUUUGAGAGAGCAUUCUAGAUGUUUAUCACACCUCAUCUUCCCUGGGCCUUGCAAUAAGCCUGGGACAUAGGUAAUGAAAAGGUUAACUAAGUUCUUUAAGGUGGUUAAGUUUACAUUAGGCUCUGUGUUCAAAUCUCUCUCAUUCCCAAGCUUGCCAUCACAGGCAUGAAAUACCUGUGGACUGGUGUGAUCAAAAUGUAUGGCAAAUGCUUAAGAAAAUUUAUUAUAGUAAAAGACACAUUGUCAUGAGUCCUCCAGAAAAUUCUCCACCCCACUUCAAACACACCUAUCUCAACAUAUUUACUAUUUUCUUAAGCAGUUCUAGAAGUGCUCUUUUCUGAGUAUUUUUACCAGAUGUGAUAAAAAAAAAAAUACAGUGAAUACAGCGGGUGAGUGCCUUCCAGCGGGAAGGUGAGGGCUUGGUAAAUCAGUAUGCUGAAUCCUCUCAUCAUCACCUUAUUCACUGGAUCUGGGGCCAUGUGACUUCUGGCUCUUUCUCAGAGUGAAAAUGCCCAUGAAAUGUUGAAUUGAUAGCAGCCAUGACAGUGUAACUAAAGACCUUCAUGAAAGAGGACUCUAGAACUGCUGCAGAAAGUGGCAAGAAUGAAGGGAUAAGUGUGUUUGAAGAGUAUUUUGAGGAGGAUUCACGGCAGAUGUAGCUUUUAAUGUAAUCAAUUAAAAACAUGGGCCUGGGGAUUUAGCUCAGCGGCAUAAGCGCCUGUCUUGCAAGCAUGCAGUCGUGAGUUCGAUCCCCAGUACCGAUAAAAAGGAAAAAGACAAAAAACAAACAAACAAACAAACAAACAAACAAAAACUUUUAGGUUAGACAUGGUGACACAUACCUGUAAUCCCAAUCGUCAGGAGGCUGAGGCAGGAGCAUCACCAUGAAUUUGAGGCCAGCCUGGGUUACAAAUUGAAUUCAAGGCCAGCCUGAAAUGCAUAAUGAGACCUUGUCUCAAAAAGACAAAAAAUAAAUAAAAUAAAAUUUUAAAAAAGUAAUUUUGCCACAUAUUCACUUACAGAAAACUUUCUUGUUUUCUUUUCUAGAAAUAGGAUUUGACCGAUAUAAAAUGGUGGUACAAGUGGUGAUCGGAGAGCAAA